AGGGUGGAGGGUGGAGGGUGGAGGAGCGUGGAGAAAUUGGGGUAGAGAAAUGGGGAGAGUGGAGGUUUAAAAAUUUUUUUUCUGUUGUUAGUUUACUGCAAAAAAAGGUGGAGGACAUUAGUAUUACAUUUACAUGAGCUCCAAAUCUACUGAGGGGGUUAUUACAAAUACAUUCAAUGCUAUCGUGAAUUUAUAAUUUUUCAAAAUUUGAACGUCUUAUUGAAUACAACCAUGUCAAGUAAACACUUCCUACCAUCGGACACAGGAAAACUUGUUCCAAACUGCUUGAAGGCAAUUACAUACGAAUAUGAAUUCAUGUCAUUGUUGGAAAAGGAAAAGGUCAUUUACAAUAAUGAAUUUGAUUGCUCACGAGUUGCAUUGAUUAGUGGGGGAGGUUCAGGGCAUGAACCUGGAUUUUAUGGUUUGGUUGGUUCAGGUAUGCUUUCAGCUGUUGCUCAAGGUGAUAUUUUUGCUUCUCCAAAUUAUAAAAAUGUCAAGGCUGCAGAAAAGAUAUGCCAUGAACUUGGUGAUUCAAGAGAAUGGGCUGGUUGUAUCUUCGUUAUUACAAAUUACACCGGAGAUAAUCUAUAUUUUGGUAUGGCAGCUCAGGAUUUAAUUGCUAGAUUUGGAAGUGAAAAGAUUCGACUUCUUAGAAUCACGGACGAUGUAGCUGUUAAAAAAGACUCAAAUUCAUUAGUUGGAAGACGUACUUUAGCUGGAAUCGCUCUUGUGUCUAAAUUAAUGGGUGCCGCAUCUCAAAAUGGAUAUAAUAUAGAUGAGAUUUUUGAAUUUGGUCAAAAAGUCAAUGAUUCAACUGCUUCUGUUAAUGCUGGUUUAGAUCAUGUUCAUAUUUCUGGUCAUAGUAUGGACUCAGAGUUUGGUAAGUUGGGGAGGACUCAAUUAGAAAUCGGAUUAGGUAUUCACAAUGAGCCUGGUGUUAAGAAGUUAGAUUACAUUCCAAGAAAUGAGGAAUUAGUUUCCACUUUAUUAGAUAUGAUCUUAAAUAAAGAAGAUGAGGGCCGGGGCUUCUUCAAAUAUGCUACCCAAGAUAAGUUUGUAUUAUUGAUUAAUAACCUUGGUGGAGUCCCUAUUAUUGAAGAAAAAAAUAUUUUAUACACCACUUUAGAAACGUUAAAAGUAAAAUAUAAUAUUAUUCCAAUUAGGGUUUACACUGGCAACUUUGUUGCAUCUUUUAAUGCUCAAAUAUUUACUAUUACACUUUUUAAUGUCUCCACUGCCGCUACAAAAACUUUUACAACUGAUAAAAUAUUUGACUUCCUAGAUGAACAUACUAAUGCAGUCUGUUGGCCAAAUACAACCUUUAAAGGUAAAAGCUUUAUUAAAAAUGAUCGAAUCAUCAACCACUUUGAAGGAUAUGACGAUGACGUUCAUAAUACUUUGAAGGAUAGCUCUCAAGAUUUGAAAAUGGAUCCCGUACUAUUAGAGAAUAUAGUUAGAACUGCUGCUGAAAGAGUAAUUAAGAAAGAACCAGAUUUAACUGAAUGGGAUACUAAGAUGGGUGAUGGUGAUUGCGGAUAUGGAUUAAAGGCUGGUGCUGAAUUGGUAUUAAAAAAGUUGAUAGAAGAUAAAAUUGCAGCCUCGGGAUCGAUUCUUAAUGUAUUGCACGUUGUAUUAAAUAUCAUCAAAGAUGAUAUGGGAGGUACUUUAGGAGCUAUCAUUUUUAUCUUUAUGAAAUCUGUUAUUAAUAAAAUUGAAGACCUUCUAAAAGAAGAUCCUAGUCAAAAUGUUAAUCAAGUUUUUGCUACAGCUUUGCCAUUUGGGCUCGAAACUUUGUAUUCCUAUACCAAGGCUAGAACUGGUCACAGAACCGUCAUGGAUGUAUUAAUCCCAUUUGUUAACUGCUUCAAUGAAACACAGGACACCAACAGAGCUAUCCAGGUUGCCUACAAUGCUGCUGAAGGAACUAGAAGAUUGAGACCAAAACUCGGCCGUGCUACUUAUGUCGGUGGUUUAGACGAGCAAACCAUUUUACCGCCCGAUCCUGGAGCAUAUGGUGUCUAUGAAAUUAUUAGUGCAUUAUCUUUAUAAAAGUCUUAUACUUCGAAAUAUAUACUUCAAUAUUAAAAUAUCUAGAAUAUUAAAAUAUAAUAUUAAAAUAUCUAGUGGAAUGUAGGAUCACAUAUAUCAUGCCUUAAAGUACACCCACAGCACUUUCCAUGACUGAAUA